AUGCCUCUUCCUUACAGAAAUUACCCUUCCUCGUCGUACCCGCUGUACGGUGCGUAUCCACGACCGGGGUCUACGUCCACCAGUCUGCCGCCUCCGCCAAGCACGGGAGUUAAUCCGUCAUCGAAGCCUAACGUGACUUCCGGCGCGUCUUCUCACUCCAGGAACAGUUCUGUGAACUAUCCGCCGGUGAGUCCCUCUGUGGGCCAGAUCCAGCCUCCGGGCAUUCGUCCGAAAAUCACAACCACCAUGUGGGAAGACGAGAAAACCUUGUGCUACCAGGUUGAAGCCAACGGUGUCAGUGUUGUCCGCAGGGCUGAUAACAGCAUGAUAAACGGCACCAAACUGCUGAACGUCGCCAAGAUGACGAGAGGACGGAGAGACGGAAUUCUCAAGUCGGAAAAGACCAGACACGUCGUCAAGAUCGGUUCGAUGCAUCUGAAAGGUGUGUGGAUCCCAUUCGACAGAGCCCUGGCCAUGGCCGAAAGAGAAGGAAUUAUUGAUUUGCUCUAUCCGUUGUUUGUCAAGGACAUAGAGAAAGUGAUCCAACAGGGCACGCCAACCAGCCAGGUCGGACAACUGUCGCUGUCGUCCAAGCCAUCGGUUUCUUCGGGACCAACAGCGUCCUCUGCCACUUCUGGGCUUUCCGCUAACCAGUCUGGCUACUCAUACGCAACCGCCUCCCAACAACCAGGAUCCAACUACUACUACAAUGGCUACUACGGCCAGCAACAGCCGCAAUCAUCAUCCGUCGCCGCUCCGCAGUCCCAAUAUCAAACAGGGUACCAAUAUCCUGGGGCACCUUCAGGCCAAGGGUCUGAUGAAAAAUAA